AUGGGAGGAUUCGUAAAAGCGUUCGGUAUAUUUUUCGCAGAGUUUUCAGAGAAAUUUGAAAGCUCGGCAUCAGCCACGUCUCUCAUAGCCUGCGUCCGCGCCACCAUGUUUACGUUUGUAGCACCACUGGCUUCGCUAUUAUGUGACCGCUACUCAGAGAGAAGCGUCUUGAUGCUGUCAGCCACUCUCAGUGUAUCCGGUUGUUUCCUAGCCGCAUUCGCUCAAAAUAUGGCGACUGUGAUUGUGGGCGUUGGAGUGUUAAUGGGUGCCGGGAUGUCCUGCUUUUUCGCCCCCGUACAGAUGGCGAUAGGGAAAUACUUUGUUCGGUUGAAAUCUGUGGCAAUCUCUGUGGUCUUUGGUGGAAUGUGCUUGUCUCAGAUUGUCAUGGCACCUAUCAUAGUGAUUGUGCUGAGAGAAUUUGCACUUCAAGGAACCCUCAUUCUCUACUCUGGAUUGCUACUUCACUUAGCUGUCGCCGCAGCUCUCGUAUUUCCACGCGACCUCGAAGAUGCCAAUGACCAGGUUCCCGCUGGAUCCGACAAGGCCACAGAAAUGACGGAUUUAAAACUGUCAAGCCAAUGCGAAGCUCAACAUAUAGAGACGAAUCCAGCUGAUCUGAACAUGCAACCCCCCGUCCAGAGCCUCCUUUCAGUCAGUGAAUCUACUUACAUGGUUGGGAAAAGUAACGACAGUCAGCAAAACCCUCAAGUUCGCUUUGUUCAGAAUCCGACGACAAAUGUUAUUUUGGCGUCAAACAGACGUUUAUCGGCUUCUUUUCGAGGGAAGCUCCAACGAUGCCCCAAGUGGACGAAGUCAUUAGUACGUGCUCUGGAUCUAUCUUUAAUUAAAAACAGUCGCUUUACUUUAUACGCCUUAGCGCAGUGCUCCGCUCAGAUUGCUUUCAUGAACAUACCGGUGUACCUGUUUCCAAGGGCGGAAGAUUACAGGGUUUCCAAGGAAGACGGCGCACUUCUUUUGACUAUUAUGGGGUGCACCGAUUUGUUUGCAAGAGCCGUCUUCGGUAUAUUGGGGGACGUACAGAAAAUCGGACCAAAGUUCAUAUUUACCUGGGGGGCAGUUUUGUACGGAAUGUCGGCGGCUGCCUUGCCCUUUACCACAGGUUUUGCUGGAAUGAGUGUCGUGUGUGGGUUUUUGGGUCUGUUCGCUAGUACAACCAUUGCCCUGAAUAUGCCCAUCCUCGUCGACAUGGUUGGCGUAAGAAAAUUAGCCAAGGCUAUAGCGUUGACCAGUUUCAUAUCGGGAAUCACGACAGCAGUUGCCCCUCCAUUACUAGGCCACAUCCGGGACGUGACCAACUCCUACAACAUCGUGUUUUUCAUCUGUGCCGGGACCCUUUUUCUCUCGGCUGGUUUUAUGUUUACGGACCCGAUUCUGCAGUGGUGGAGACGCAGGAAAGGGCGACAAACCCGCGAAUCCAACGACCAUGGCCAAAUGACAGAAAUGAAGCCAUAA